UAUAGGGUGUUGAAAUUCAGACGCCUGCUUCGAUCUCUUCACACACUGCGCCCUGCGGGACCCGGCACACGCCGCCAAUCAGCUGAGCCCAUGGAGGCAGCCCUUGCGCUCUGGAUCCUCAGCACCAGCGCCUGCCUUUGCGGGACGGCCGCCAGCGUGAGUCACAGGACCAAUGUCACCAAUUCUGCUGUCACCCUUCCAGGCUGGAAAGAAAAUACAGAUUAUUUAACGAGAUGUUCCUUUGAUGAAAGUGAAGAUCUGCUAUGCAGCUGGGCUCCUGAAGGGCAGGCCAGCAUCCCGCCCCGACAAGAGAAUGGCCUGCUGUCCCUGUCUGGGGACACACGCCUCACUAGCGCCGUGCUCAACGUGUCAGGUGACAUGUGCGUGGAGUUCUGGUUUCAAAAGCCUGGAGAGAACAGCACAGACCUAAAAAUGCUAAUACGGGAUGAUUUGGGGGAGCGAGAGCUCUGGAGAUCACAGGGCAGUAUGGAUUCCUCCUGGAUGCAAGUGUUUAUCCCACUGUUCUAUGAUGAGAAAACUGCCUUUCAGGUGAUUUUUGAGGCUACAUCUGAUGACAGCUCUGCAGCAAUCGACAACAUAGGAAUCCGACAAGGCCUUUGCGGAGAACAGUGCAGCCAAGGCCUCGAGUUCUGGGCGGAUGCCGCCUGUAGCACCCGCUGCCACUGCUCCAGCCGCGGGCUGGCAUGUCGCCCGGCCGCAUGCCCCAUGGAGCACACCUGCGAGGUUACCGAUGGCGAGUGGGGCUGCUCCCCCACCUACAGCACCUGCAGCGUGCACACAGACCCCCAGCAAAAGAGUGCGGAUGGGGCUGAGUUCCGCCUAGAGGGGCCCUGCAGCUACAUCCUGACAAAGCUGUGCACCGACUCCGCAAACCUGCCCUACUUCAGUGUGGAGGUGCAGAACAAGCAGGAGCCCAACAGGUCAGUCUUGGCCAUCCAGCAGGUCAACAUCGAGCUCUACGGCCUGAGGAUUUCCAUGCUGCGUGCUGAGAAGCGCAGAGUCAUAGUCAACGGGAUUUGGAGGAUACUCCCAUUCAGUGUGGAAGAAGACCUGGUGAAAAUCCAGCCAAGUGAACAUGCCAUUACCUUAACAACCGACUUCCAGCUGAUGGUCUCAUUCAGCACUGACAGCGCAGUGAGAGUGAAACUACCCACCAUCUAUGACCCCAAGAUCUGUGGCCUCUGUGGGAACUUCAACCAUCUGAGAGCCAGUGAUCCCCGGGCCCUGGAUGCUGGCUGGGGCUGGCAAAGGGAGUAUGCCACCUGCGAGACGUCCUUCCUUCCUCAGCUGUGCCUCCAGCAGGAGGAGGCCGAGUACGAGAGCGAGUCCAGCUGCGGCACCAUGAUGUCCCAACACAGCCCCUUCGCAGCGUGCUCCUCCGCUCUCAGCCCCGAGCAUCAUUUCAGGAUGUGCGUGCUGGACAUGUGCUCCACGCAUGGAGACGCCCAAACCCUGUGCAGUGCCCUGCAGGCCUAUGCUUCGGCCUGCCGUACGGCUGGAAUUGAACUUCAGGCCUGGAGAAACUCCUCCAUCUGUCCUAUGACGUGCUCCAGUAACAGCCACUACACCCCGUGUGCCAGCGGUUGUCCCGCGGCCUGCUCGCCCAUGGACACCCCCUUGACCUGCCCAUGGACCUGUGAGGAGCGCUGCGAGUGCCUCCCGGGCUUCCUGCUCAGCGGGGGGAGGUGCGUGGCUCCCAGGGACUGCGGCUGCUGGAGAAACGGGCAGCACUUUAUGAAAGGAGAGACGUUCAUGGAAGGUGACUGUGAAGCCCAAUGCCAGUGUAUAGGAGGAAGUGACAUCCGCUGUGUCCCAACAUCUUGCUCAAAGGACGAGGUUUGCAAGAGCAGGGACGGCGUGCUUGGCUGCUUCCCCUCGUCCACAGCCACCUGCCAGGCGUUCGGGGACCCCCACUACAUCACCUUUGACGGCAAGCUGUACGACUUCCAGGGUGCCUGUAACUACACUCUUGCGACCACGUGCGGCCAUAGCACGAGGCAGUUCAACCUGACUGUGAGGAAUGAGAACCGUGGGAACCCAGCCUGGUCCGCUAUAAACUCCGUGGCCCUGUCCAUACACGGCCUCCACAUAGCCUUGAGGAAACAUCGCAAGGUUUACGUAAAUGGUAAUUUCGCCAACCUACCAGUGGAGCCAAGCAGUGAGAUCAAAGUGUUCCUGAAUGGGCCGUACGUCCAAAUAGACAGCACCUUUGGUGUGAGGCUCCUGUUCGAUGGUGAACACUUUCUGUUCCUGCAAGUGGACGAACGCUACAGGGGCGAGGUGUGUGGACUGUGCGGCACAUACUCCGAGAACCAAUUUGAAGACUUUGUAAAGCUGGACGGCGAGCUCGUGAGCAGGCCGGAUGAAUUUGCGAACAGCUGGAGGACAGAAGAUGCCGACUGGGAGUGUCUGGCCAAUCCCCCUCCACUGCCGAAGUGUGACACUCAGCUGGAGACCGCUGGCGACCAGCAGUGCAGCAUCCUCUUUGAGGAACCCUUUAAGGCCUGCCACUGGUUCGUCAACCCCAAGCUAUACGUGACCAGCUGCGUCCUCGAUUAUUGUGCCACGCUAGGCGAUGGCCCUCAGCUCUGCACCUCCCUGGAGUCGUACGCAGCAGCCUGCCACAUGGUGCAGGUGGAGCUGGGGGAUUGGAAGGAGGCCACCAUCUGUGCUAAUUUCACACAAAGACCUACCGAUGCAGCCAAAACAACUCCUUCCCAGUUAGAUUGCGCCCUGAACUGUAACUUUGAAGAGGGUACCUGUGGGUGGAAACAGCUUAUAACCGACAGCUUUGACUGGUCAAUAUGGAAAGGAUCGACAGAUUCCAACCACACUGGGCCAUCCCAUGACCACACCACAGGGCGAGGGUAUUACAUGUACACGGAAGGCAAUGCGGCUCACUAUGGAGACUCCGCUCGGAUGCUCAGCCCGCACUGCCAAGCCACAGGCCCCGUCUGCCUGCAGUUCUGGUACCACAUGUACGGAUCUGCUAAAGCUAUGGCCCUCAACCUGUACCAUUUGAAGGGAGCCUCAGCGGUCAAAAUCUGGUCAAAGGUUAACAACCAGGGAGACCAGUGGAAUCAUGCUGAGGUAGAACUGGACGUUUUGAAUGAGUUCCAGGUUAUAUUUGAGGGGAUCAGAGGCUCGAACUAUGAAUCUGACAUGGCCCUGGAUGACAUAUCCGUACAUUCGGGACACUGCUCAGGGUCUUCCGACACUGGGCUGGAAUCUACAGCUGACAUUGGCCUCAAAGAGUCAGACUGUAAGCUCGACUGUAGCUUUGAAGAUAGCCUCUGUGAAUGGAAUCAGCUGUUGACAGACAGUUUUGAUUGGAUGAGGCUGAGAGGAUCCACGCCCACUUCCAUGACAGGCCCGUCAUCUGACCACACUACUGGAGACGGAUACUACGUUUACCUUGAAGGCAAUGGCCCCUACAAUGGGGACACAGCACGUUUGCUUAGUGCAGAGUGUCCAAAAGCAGGCCCACACUGCUUGAGGUUCUGGUACCACAUGUACGGCACAGCUGACACCAUGGGCCUGACCAUCUAUCUUCUGGAGAACGGAAUGGCAGUGAGGGUCUGGUCUCUGCGAAACAACCAGGGUGACACCUGGCAUGGUGCACAGGUGGAAGUAAGAACUUCCGGAAUGUUCCAGAUCAUUAUUGAGGGUCGCAGAGGGACAGAUGAACGGUCAGAUGUUGCACUGGAUGAUGUGUCGCUUUCUUCUGGAAGCUGUUCAGAGCCACCUUCUCAAUUCCCAAUAGUUCCUAGUACCACUACAGGACCUGUGACCUCAACAGCUAAGCCAACACAUCCACCAGUAUACACUACUGACCCACAGUGGCUAGCAAAUACUACCCAGCUAGCACAACCAACACCGACGACCACAAAGUCAAGUCAAGUGGUGCCAGACACCACAGAGUUCACAAAAGGACCAUCAGAGACCACAAUGUCAACAAAGCCAAUGGCUAAGACAACAGCGAUGCAGCUACCAGAAUCAACUACAAGGAAUACAACAGCAGUGAUAGGGACCACAGUAACACCUAAACUGACAGGACCCACAUGCCCUAUGUUCAGCCAUCCCUCCAGUUGUGUACCCGUCUGCCAGCCCACGUGUGAAGACCUUCAUGGCCCGACCACUUGUCCCAGCAGCUUUCCCUGUAGGCUAGGCUGCGUAUGUGAUCAUGGCUAUGUGCUCAAGCAAGGCCAAUGUGUGCCCUUCACAGCCUGCGGGUGUCUCGAUGAGAAGGGUAACAGUCACCAUUUUGGUGAUUCCUGGCUCACCGAUCACUGCAUGCAGAAGUGUAGGUGUGAGAGAAGGAACGGGAAAGGGAACAUGAUUUGUAGAGACCAUGAAUGUGACAGUAAUUCAGUGUGCUACCUCAAUGAUGAAAGGAAGUUCGAGUGCAAGUCAACACGAUUCGGCAAGUGUUCCAUUUCCAAAGCAACCAAGACCUUUGAUGACCUGAAGCAUGGGUUCGAGUGCAAGUACUCAUAUGUCCUGGUCCAGACCAUGUACAACACGGGGACGUUGCCACCAGUCUACAUUGAAGGCAACUAUGAGCUUGUGACAGAUGAUAAUGACCACAGUGGCAACGGCAAAAACAAUGACAGUAGCGAGGAAGACAGCAGCCCUGAGGGAGAUAACAACAGUGAAGAAGACGACCAUAAUGGGUUGAGAGGGCUCAAGAUUAGGGUGCACCAACACACCAUAGAGUUUAUGUCCAAGGGAAAACCCAAGCUUGAUGGAAUUAAGGUACACCUGCCUGUUUCCACCGCGGAAGGGCUGGAGAUCCGCAAGCGCUCAUCUCGGACUGUCCUGAGGACUGAUUUUGGCUUGUCGGUGGAGUAUGAUGGCGCUGGAAAAGCAGAGAUAGUCCUCCCAUACACUUACAGGAGCACAGUGCAGGGCCUCUGUGGUAAUUUUGAUGGCAAGAAGAAUAACGACCUGAUAAAGCCAGACGGCAACCAGGCCACAAAUGUCACAGAGUUUGGGGACAGUUGGAGGGUGACUGCAAGGAUGGUGCCAAACAGAUGGAGAUACUACAUACUGCCCACCAGAGUAUUUCCCCUGAUGCACAGCAGCUCCGGUGUAUCAGAGGUCAGCCCCACAGGGACGGAAUAAAGCUGGCGACGGCUCAAUAUUUCUGAAAAUCUCCCCCGACCCCUUUUUCAGCUCCAGAUACAGCAUUUGGAGGAGAUAAUCAGGACACGCGCUUUUCCGAGCCACUCUGGCAAACAGAGCGGGUAUGUUGGUGUUUCCAUCACAGGUUGGCACAGCACAGCCUGCUCGCAGCCCUGGCCACAGUCUGCACUCGAGCCGCGCCACGCUGAAGCCUAUCAGACAGAUGACUAACACAGAACUAUCACCUAUGCUACAGUCUUGGUUACCAAAUGUAUGUGUAUUAUAUCGCCAUUUAGUUAUAUUCAAACUGUUUCUGCCCACUGAAUUAUUUUGGGCCACAGUAAAUGUUGACAAGGUACCUUUGUAACUAGAAUAUUUUCUCUGUGCAUUUUCUCUUAAAAUAAUCGUACAAGUUUAUACCUAUACUUUCUUACAGUUUUUCUACUUCACAAUAUUUGCCAGGACUGAAACUACACAUGCACGCACACACACACACACACAGUUUAGUAGUUUAGUCAUCGAAACCAAAUCUGGCUGUCAGUUACAAUGAACCUGGGCAAUUCAAUCUAACCCAAUAACUGUUUGAUCAUAUCAACAAUAGUUUUUCUGUUUUGGCAAAUGGCCAUAAUUGCUACAGUUAUAUACUUAUCUACUUCUGCUGGACCUUUUGAUUUUAGAACUUUGGUUUUAGAUUCUUUACCUGUAUGAAGCAGCACUGAAGCAUAAUAAUGUUUAUUAAAAAUUAUUCAAUA